UAGUGCACCAGUCUACGUUACAAUAAACGAUGAAUACCAUCGCGGUAGUGUUGUUUGCAGUUGUCGCGUGCGCGAGCGCAGCGCCGCGAUACCACGAUCACUUCCAUCAUCAUCCGUACUCCCAUGAUGGCGACGUUAGCUUGGAAAGGUUUAUAGAAAGAGAAAUAUUCGAUACGAGAAGGUUCUGGGAGGAAUUGAGGCGAGAGAUGCUGGGGAUAGACAAAAUGAUCACGGACUUAAACAGGAAUUUCGGCUCUUUCCUUUCAAAUGAGAAAAUUGAAGGAAACGAAUACAAGAUCAAGAUAUCGUUGAAUGGAUUUGAAGAGAAGGAGAUUGCCGUUAAAGCUAAGAAGAGAUUGCUGAUUGUGCAAGCUGUCCAUAAAGGUGACGAUGGGCCGGAGAGGAACUACUUGGACGUGAGAACUUUGCCCGACUUCGUAGACAUAAACGGCAGUUGGACAUUUGAAAAUGGCAUACUUACUGUUGUAUUCCCUUUGGAACGAAGCGUUGAAGGAACGGAAGCCACAAUAACUGAAGCACCAGUCACACAGGCCCCAGAACACAGUCGCGAAGAAGUUGAAAGUAAUCCAACGGUCGAAGAGAACCAGGAUGCUGAUAUAGGUAUUGAGAGAGGAGACUUGGGUAAAGAUAAGAAUAUAUUAACCAAUGAAAUAUCGAGUGGUCAGCGAAGCGCUGUCGAAGCGACCACUUACGCGGUAGAUUUGAAAGAUGAAGUAGAACUCGUGCCGAUUCAUCGUAACGUUGUAUAUUAAAUAAUAAAAAAAAACGACGUUAUUGACGAACAUGUUGUGUAGUAUUUUGUAAUUAAAUAAAAAAUUAUA